AUGAACCCAUCACUUUUGUACGACUUUAUUGAUUUCGACGACAACAACUGGAUGAUCUGGUAUAAAUGGCCUAAGAGAUCUGCAGCUAGAGAUCCUAUGACUAGAAUCCUGAAAACACUUGAGGAAUACCUCAAGCUACCAAAGAGCGAGCGACCCGGUGCAGCUUGGCUCAUAACAACAAUGGAAGAGGCGCAGAGGCAACUAGGGAUGAAAGAACCUGAUAUUCUGUUGUUAUUUUGAUGUUCAUGUGGGUGUGAGUAUUGCGAAUAGAAUUCGGGAUUUUCACAAUGGGCUAACAAUCUUGUUAUCAGAGUCAACACCAAGGCUUACCGAGUGGCAUUUUGAUACACUCCCGGCUGUCUAUAAGGAUCUGGGGCUUGAAAAUUGGUCUUUGAAGCCACGGUCUCUUCAAUUACCAAGAGAGGUUCUAGCUCGCUUAAUAGCUGCUCGUUCUGGGCAUGGAGACUUUGUCGCUUACCACCUUCGCUUCUUUCACUUUGACGCAUUACUUACCUCAGGGGAUUGUAAGUGUAAGAAGGCUAAGUCUCAAUUCCACCUACUAUUUUGUAGGCUAGCAAACAACGUAGCCCCUAGGCUACUAGCAGAAGCUCAGAGGAACCCUCAGCUGCUCUUCGGCCCCGGCUGCGAGGAGCUAUUUAAUAAGGUCUACUUUAAGACUAGAUUCUUCACUAAUAUUUGUCUACCUAGAUAGGCUGGCCUACUUUUCUUUCUUUCUUUGAUUUAUGUAUUUCAUUUGUUGUACCCUGGUUCUCAAAACUAAUUAAGGAUAAGGGCUGUCCCGAAAGUGGGGCUUCUCUUUAAACUGUCUCUUGUAAAUUAGCGUCUCUUCUUUUACACCCCCUGUAGCCUAGGGCACCCCCCUAGCGUCAUUUGCCCAUAUUGGGACUCUUCUAGGACCUAGCCCACGCGAGCUAGACUCCGCUUGAC